AUCAUGAGCAAAAAUUAACCAAUCUGAGGAUGUUGAACAUGCAUGUCCAAUCUUGAAACUGUGAUGUUGGAUUUUUAUGGGUCGACCAAGCUAAGCAGUGGGAUAUGUAUUGAUGUAGAUGGUAUAUGGACAAAUAAAGAGUGACACCUCAAAAUGGGUACAUUAUAUGAAUGUUUGAGGGAGGCAAGGUUAGAGAAAUACUAUCCAACAUUUCGAGCUAAUGGCAUCACAAGGUCAGAUGGUUUGGCCAACCUGACUUCAGAUCAGUGUUCAGCGAUGGGAGUAACAUCGUUAGAUGACAAGAGACGUUUAGAAGAGUUAAUAAGUAUUGUUAGAUCUGUCCAUUAUAGUUCAAGUAGACCUUCAUCAACACAGUUACAUAGAUCAGCUUCAGCUGGAAGAAGUGUUCGAUCCUCAUCAAGAAGUGCUUCAGACUAUUCACAGCAACCAAAGCGAUCAUCAGAAUCUAUAAGAGACAGUUUAAGUAUCGGUGGUAGAGGACUAGAAAUUACACGUGAUGUAACUGUUCGUGAUAGAACACCCAACUUUUCCGCUACAUCUUAUUUAGAUAUGAUCGAAUUAUUGGCUGAAACGAGUUCCGAGGAAUCAAGCGAAGAGUCUCUCUCCGAAGAGGAACUACCUGUGAGACUGCCCAGUAGAACUGACACACCCAAACAAGGUAGAAAUCCGUUAGAAAGAGUUAAGCACGAUUCAGGAUAUAAUUACGGUGUUCCUAAAUCUAAAAUAUUUAAAAGACAUAAAUCUUCACGUCAUUCCGGUGAAGCACGGAUACGUGUUUGUGUUCGGAAAAGACCUUUGACGAAAAAAGAAUCAAAGUCUGUAGAUGAAGACAUAGUAUUAGCUGAAAGUACAACCACGUUGACAGUCAAUGAACCUAAACUUGCUGUGGAUUUAAAACCCUACACAUUACAGCAUGAGUUUUUGUUUGAUGAAGUUUUUGAUGAAAAUUGUUCAAAUGAAGAUGUGUAUGUUCGAGCAACAAGACCUUUAAUAAGUUGUUUGUUUAAUGGCGGUAGUGCUACAUGUUUUGCGUAUGGUCAAACUGGUGCCGGUAAAACACAUACGAUGAUCGGCAAUACUCAGACACCUGGUUUGUAUCUACUAGCAGCCAAUGAUAUCUUCUCCCUUAUACAGAGUGGUAAAUACGGUUCGGGCCUACAUGUGUGGGUCAGUUUUUUCGAGAUAUACUGUGGUCAACUUUUCGAUCUGCUGAAUAAAAGAAACAGAUUACAUGCAAGAGAGGAUGGAUCUCAUCGUGUUUGUAUUGCUGGUUUAACGGAAACAGAGGCUGUUGAUUCCAAAGUUCUGGUUGAGGUGUUAGAAUAUGGUAAUUCUGUUAGAAGUAAAGGUGCGACAGGUGUAAAUCCUGAUUCCUCACGAUCUCAUGCUAUUCUACAGAUGGAACUAAGAGAUAACUCUGAUAUAAGAAGGGGCAGAAUAUCAUUUAUUGAUUUAGCAGGAAGUGAGAGGGCAGCAGAUGUAACAGAUACCGAUAAACAGACGCGACUAGAAGGAGCAGAAAUCAAUCAAAGUCUGCUAGCUUUGAAGGAAUGUAUCCGUUCUAUAGAUCAAGAUUCACGGCAUACUCCAUUUCGACAGAGUAAAUUAACCCAUAUUUUAAAAGAUUCCUUUGUUGGAAAUUCUAAAACUUGUAUGAUAGCCAAUAUCUCCCCUACUCAAUCAGCGUGUGAAAAUACACUCAACACUCUCAGAUAUGCUGACAGAGUAAAGGAACUGAAAAGAGAUUCGAAGAAUACCAAUAUCAGUCAAACUGUGAACCUUUUAAUGAAUAUCCCGAUCACCGCCCCAUCUGUGUUCAAUCCACAUAACGUCUUGGCCUCGUCCACACCCAUGAAAUCACAGAUGACAAGACACACGUCCCACAGGCAUCAAGAAUUUCAAAUAGAUCCUUCAGAAACACCUAUCAGGGGUCAUAAUCCUCAGAGGAAGUCUGUAAGGGGUCAGUCUUCAAAACACAAAUCAUCAUCGUCGUCCCCUACAAGGUCACAAAGUAAUCGUAGUGCUACUGUUGCAUCAAGAUUCGGUGAUAUUCCAAGAAAGAUGAAAGAAACGGCACGAUAUUCACCAAGCCCAAAACAACCGUCUGCCGGGGCAUCUGCUUCAUAUUCUGCUACCAGUGCUUAUUCGGGAGCUUCAGCGUCUGCAUCUUAUAAUCCUUAUUCUGUUCCUGUUGUUAAAACGCAGGCCUCGGCUAGUGAAUCGGAUCACACGGACACAGAUUCUAACUCUAACAAUAUGACUUUACCAAAAGCUAACGAGGGUGCCAUGCCUAACUUAGCGAUAGUGCGCUCUACCGACACCGAAUUUGAUUUUCCUACUUCAGAUUUUAAUAAUGUUGAUCAAAUGAAUGACCUAAACAAAAAUGGAGAAAGCUAUAGUUCAAAAGUUGGUCAAUCUUCUCAGAUUCCUGCUGCUCAAGCCUGGGGACCGGCUGAAGAUCAAGAACCAGACCCGGUUCAUUUUCCUGGAGCACGAGUAAAGAUGUUUCAAAAUGCUCAGCCAAAUGAAAUGACCCGAGGUCAACAGUUGGAUGCUUCACGGCAAGGAACACGGGCGACGGGAUAUCAGUUGAAACCUAAAGAAGAAUCAUCGUUUGUUUUCGGCCCUGGUUACUUUACGCAGACCAAUCAAGUUAAGCCAAGUUCAGUUUCAUCAAUAAAUCCUACUCCUUCUACAUCCCAGCCCAAGCCACAUACUACAAGACCAAACAUGCCCUUGUCCGUUGUAGAAAGUUUUGAAGACGAUUUACUAUUUGGCAAACCUGUAGCUGAAGAUCGUACCAAAAGAAAACAAUUAUUUCAACAACCUCCACCACCAGCAUCGGUUGCUCCUGAAUCCAUGGGUUUACCACAACCUUAUGUUUGGGGAUCAUCGAUGGAAAAUCAACCCAAACAAGGUAACGGUAAUCUGACGCCAAGAAAUGGGACCAUGAAUCAACUGUCAAAUAUUCCAGCUGUCAUGCCCGCUCACAGUAGUGAUCUGACAAUAUUUUCUCAACGAUCUCCAUUGAAACCUGAAACAGAAGCCAGAAGGAAACCGGCAUCAACAAAUGUUUCGCCAUCUCCAAGAAGUGGAUCUCUGUCCCCAAAAUCUAAAACACCACCUUUGUCCCCUAAAUCAAGAACUCCCCCAUUGUCUCCGAAGUCACGUCCACCGGCCUUGAAAUUAAGAGUUAAAAAGGCUGAUUCCCUUCCAUCCACCAGUCCUGUACCCAAAUCACCUGCCCAUAGCGAUGAUUCUUCUGACGGUGUACGUGCAAGCCAUUCGGACCAAGGUCAAGGUCCAUAUAAAUUACCAAAAUCAGAUAGUCUACGGAAGGAAAAGAGUGACCCGAUGCUAGCUCUCCAUUUGCAAAACAAAAAACAAACAGCUCCUGAUCCGGCAGACUUUUUUAAGUACUUAUCUCGUAGUGGAGCAUCUAGAUCCAAUCCUUCUCCAACUCCUUUUACCACAGCUGCUGGAGGUCGACCUCACGAAGAGAAUGCAAUAAGGGAGUUGAAUUUCGAUCGGAGAAGAACUUUGUCAGAUGAAUCUCUUGGAAGUGGCAACAUGGCAAUUCAGGACACAAAAAUAACGGAGACAUCCGAUAAUAAUACGAAACAAAAAACUUUAUCAAAUUCCACCACGGACAGUUCUUCUCCUGUAAUGAAGGACGUUAUAGUCAGUCCACGAGAUGAUUCUCAAACGGAAUUACUAAAACCCUAUUCCUCGAGAAUCGAUGAAGAUGGAGCAGCAGGUGCAGAAGGAGGACCACCUGAUAAGUUAUCGGAACGCUCUAUGUUUUCUCCCAUACAUCCCCAACCACUAACUACCAAACCUGUCUCGCAGUCUGUCACUACCUGUACUGCUGCUCAAGAUGUCCUACAACCUAAACCAGUUUCAAACAGUCGUCCAUGGGAAUCUGUGAAUCUAACCAGAGUCAAGGCAGAAUCAUCAGAUUCACGGAGUAAGCUGAUAGCAGCACACGAAGACCAGUUGACCAGAGUCACCUCCCUUUGUAAGCAGGAAAUGAAAUUAUUACUGACUGCCAAAAAAUCAGGACAAAAGAGCUUUGAAGACUACCUCAGACGACUCAAUGACCUGCUUAACCAGAAAAUGGCAACCAUCCAAUAUUUACAAGAAAAUAUUAAUGAUUAUAUUUGUGAAAGUAGUCAGAAUACAGAAAUCCACAAAUAGAAUUCCUAAAAAAAAAUCUAUAGAUCUUUUCUAAAAUUUUAUUUGAAAUGAUUGUCCGACUUGAACUAAAAUGAAAUGUUUG